CCCCGGUGACAUCCAGCACCGGGGACAAGCCGGGGAGGGGGGGGGAGCUGGGGGACCAACCCCAAGAUAUUUAAGCCCCUUAAAAUCGCUCUCCAGGUACCUGCUGCCUCACCAUGAAGCUCCUGACAGCAGCUUUGCUCCUGCUCCUCAUCGCCAUGUGCUUAGCCAGCGUGGAAGGAGUAAAGUGCAAAUGUUCGAGAAAAGGUCCUAAAAUCAGAUUCUCUAAUGUACGGAAGCUGGAAAUAAAACCAAGGUACCCGUUUUGCGUGGAAGAGAUGAUUAUUGUGACCCUGUGGACACGGGUGCGAGGGGAGCAGCAGCACUGCUUAAACCCCAAACGCCAGAAUACGGUGAGGCUGCUGAAGUGGUACAGAGUAUGGAAAGAGAAAGGCAGCAGAGCAUGUAACUCACUAUGUGCCUGCAAGAAGCAGAGGUGGCAGAAUCCAACCCUCCUCCUCCCAGAUGCUUUAUGGAUAGAAAUCUGGUUGCUGAAGUCAAUAAUUUACUUAAACAAAGGGGUUUAUGAAGAAUAAGAGGAAGCAGCGUGAGGAAUGGAGCAGACUCCCUUGACUGGCAUAGGACUGGGCUCUGCAGAAGAUGAUUUCUCUCACACAGACAUAAGACAAAUUCUAUAUUAUUAUAAAGCACUUUUUACCAAGGGUCAGUUUUUACAUUUUAUAGCCAUGUGCAAAAAGGCUUCCAGAUCUCACAAGCAUCUGUUGCACUUCAGAUUUCACACCUGUCUGCUCUGUACUGAGAUUGG